AGGCCAGGGAUUUUGUGACACUCCAGAGCCGGUUUCUUUCUCGGUUCAUCUUCUCCAUCUUUUCCGCCGGCAGAUCUUCAUCUUCUCGAUCUCCUGCUUUUCCGGUAGAGCUUCCGCCUCUUACUCCUCAUCUCCUUCCCUUUCUUCCUCUUUUCUCCAUCUCUCCUGGAAAAUAUUUUUUGGUUGACUGUGGAUUUGCUAAUCCACGACAAUUUUUAGCAUCAUUUCGAGGUGUCCGAUAUCAUCUCAAAGAUUUUGGAGGUCAAGGUCGUCACCCCCGAAAUGCAAAUGAGUUGUUCAAUCUUCGUCAGCACCAUUUCAGGACUACACAACUUUCUUCGUAAAGAGUAUCGUUCUGAUGAAUUUCCUCCAGAACCAGAACUAAAGUCGUCUUCUUCAUCAUAUCUGAACAUGGAAGAAGAAAAUUUUGAUAUACUUUCUCAAACUCAACAACAACAAAGAACAGAAGCUAAUGCUUGGAGACAUGGCAUUGCUGAAGCUAUGUGGGGCGAUCGACCACAAAAUGAUGCUAAUGAGGAGAAUGAGGAAGCUUGGUCCAAUAUGCUUUGAUCUCUUCUUCGCUCCUCAUUUCCGAUGGUAAUUCCCUUUUGACAUCUCUUCUAUCUCUUCUUCUACACCUCUGCAUCUAGAUCCGAAAAGUUUCAAUUUUGAUCAAAAUUUUGACCUUUAAGGGGGUCUCCGAUCUAUGACCAUUUGUUUUGCCUCGAAAAAGCAAUGGUAUAUUUCUAUAUCUGAGGCUGGAAUGGUUUUAAUAAAUAAGAGGUUGUGAUGAUCUUUUUUAUAUGUUUUGUGAUAUUGUGUUUAAUGAACUUAAGGGAAUAAGACGUAUCUUGGCGUGGCUUCGUAGGCAUCGAGAAGCAGCCCUGGAGUUUUAGUAUCCUUUUCGUUGUGAUAGUAAACAAAUAUUUUAAAUUCUGAGCCUCUUUAUCCCCAUGUAGUUAUGGGCAAAUUACUGGAAAUUACACAUUGCAUUAAUGAACUGAUUACGGAGAUUAAAGAGGCUAUGAUGAUCUUUUUUAUAUGUUUUGUGAUUUUGUGUACUGAAAAAAAGGGGAUAAGACGUAUCUUGGCGUGGCUUUGUAGGCAUCGAGAAGCAGCCAUGGCAUUUUAAUAUCCUCUUUGCUGUGAUAGUAAAAAAAUAUUUUAAAGUCUGAGACUCUUUAUAGCCCAUCUAGUGAUGGGCAAUUUGCUGGAAAUUACACAUGCUUUAAUGAACUGAUUCCGUGAGAUUAAAGAGGCUGUGACGAUAUUGUUGUGUAUUUUCCAAUGCUUAUCCAAAAGAUUUGACGCCGUGGUUACAGCCAUGGCAAUCGUAUCUUUUUGUGUAGCAAUGGAAAAGAAUUCCGAGCCUAAAGAAAAUUUCUACUUUUUGAAAACAUAAUAUAAACUUAUUUAUAAGGUCUGGUGACAUUGAAUCAACAUUUGAAUGAGGCUGUGGCGAUUUUUUUAUGUGAUUUUCUGAUAACAAAUAUUUCAUCAAAUGAUUCGUAUCUUGGCGAGGCUAGCCGUAAAUUUGCCACCGCGGUUGCAGCCAUGGCGAUCUUAUCGUUUUCUCUGUAGCAAUGGGAAAUAUAUUCUGAGCCUUGAAAUAUAAAAUUUUACAAUUAAUGGAGUUGUAUAAACUGUAGUCUAAUGUAGUUUUUUUGGUGUCCAACUCUGAGCUUCAUGAACACUGCCUAAGCCUGGGCUAUUUUGUGGGAAUGGCAUGGAAGAUUCAAGGAAGAUGAUUCUGUGGAGGAGGCAUUCUGUGGAACAGGACAUUAUCUGCAACUUUCAUUGCACUGGCAGCUUAUUUGUUUGUACAUUAGUAAUCUUAUUGGCUGUGGGGAUAGUUUUCUUUUGUCCAUAAUUGAUUGUAUAAUUUUAUACACAGAGAUUUAAUGAGCUGCUGCCAUGUGUACCUAUUAUUUACAGCCAUUGGAUUUAGGGGUGGGCACGAAAUCCGUUCCCGUUGGACCGUUCCAAAAAAUCCCGAAUCCGUUUUGUAAAUGUACCGAAUAAUUGGGACACAACUUUUUUAUCCCGAACCCGUUCUGUCCCGUUAUCAAAUGGGACAUGAGCGGGACAACUUAAAUU